AAUUCUCCUAAACAAGUAUUGCUGUUUACUUUAGAGCUUAAGCUUUGAACAAAACACUAGAAACACACCCAAACCAGCCAACUGUUUUCUGUGUGUGACAUUUGAUUUCGAUUAAAUUAUGCUUCGAGGGAACCAGAAUGGAGGGAUGUUGAUUCAUUUAGUUAUAAAACAAAUAUCAAUAUAAAAUGAAAAUUUUGGCUUCGUGUGACCUUCCAUUUUUUUUAAAAAAAAGAGAGAGAGAGAAGUAAGUAAAAAGUAAGAAGCAAGUCUUUCACUUCUCCAAAAUCCGAUCACAAGGGUUUUCCCAGCAACAUUUACAGCUUAUUCUGUGGGAUCUCAGAUCAGAGCACGUAUCUUAAAAAGCCUGACAAUAGAUGACACCAGUCGGUCAGUAGUCAUGAUUUAACAAUAAGGAAGAAACGGGGCAAAAAUGACAUCGAGUGACAGUUGGAGAGAAAAGGACACAAAUGCCCGUGUCGCCCAAUCUAAUGGUCUUUUAAGUCUUUUGGGGAAAAUGGUAGUUAACGUUAAAAUAUUAUUUCAAAAAUAUGAUUCAACACCAGCUUCGCAAACGGCCUUAGGGAUAAGCGUUCUCCGAGCCUGACAACCCAAACGCAGGGCAGCAAUUCCACAAAGAGAAUGGAUGUGGCUAAUAAAGCAGCGAGCUAGCUGAGGCUACUGUCAUCUGCUGCGUAACUGUUGCUUUGGAGGAGUUUUGACGGACGUCAUGCUGUGACCGGUCCUCGGUGUCCUCCAGCAGCAGCUUCAGUAAUGUCCCCGGCCAGCAGCUUCACGCGGUCUGCCGUCAGGCUGCUGCUGCCGCGGCGGACCCGAGCUGGAGGUUGUGCAUGGUGCCGCCAUAUUUCUGUGAAACCUGGAGAUCUGAAACCAAAGACUGUCCCACCUCGGUACCUCGGCCAGCCCAGUCCUUUCACUCACCCUCACCUUGUCAAACAUGGUGAAGUGACCCCAGGCUUAACCCAGACAGAGUUUGAGCUCCGCAGGCAGAACCUGGCCCUGCUCAUCGAGGCCCACGCGGACAAGCUGGGACCUUCUGCCUCCUCUGGGAACCACGUGGCCAUCGUUUUAUCCCAUCCGAUAAGCUACAUGACCAACGACAUCCCUUACCCCUUCCACCAGAACCAGGAUUUCCUCUACCUCACCGGCUUCUUGGAACCCGACAGUGCCUUGGUUCUUUACGGGAGGGCUCGACCGGACCAGGCCAUCUUGUUUGUCCCUCGCAGAGACCCGGGGAGGGAACUGUGGGACGGUCCGCGGGCGGGAAGGGACGGGGCAGCCGCUUUGACGGGCAUAGAAAGAGUUCACAGUACAGAGGAGCUGGGUCUAGUUUUAAAGAGCCUUAAAGGCACCCAGCUCUGGUAUGGCACCUCUCAGCCUGCCCACCCUCGGCUCCACCAGACUCAUGUUCUGCCCUUGCUGGAGGCAGGUCCCGCCCCACGUUCGCUCAGACCCCUCAUUCACUCUCUCCGGGCCAUCAAGAGCCCCGCAGAGGUAUCACUUAUGCGAGAGGCGGGUCGGAUCACAGCGCAGGCAUUUAGGAGGACGAUGGCGUUGUCACAAGGAGAUGUCGACGAGUCGGUCCUGUUCGCUAAGUUUGAUUUCGAGAACCGGAUCCACGGUGCCAACUUCCUGGCCUACCCCCCAGUGGUCGCCGGAGGAAAUCGAGCAAACACUCUGCACUACAUAAACAACAACCAGAUCGUCAAGGACGGUGAAAUGGUUCUUCUCGACGGAGGCUGCGAGUACUUUGGUUACGUCAGUGACAUCACCCGGACGUGGCCGGUGAACGGGCAAUUCAGCGCCGCCCAGGCCGAGCUGUACGAGGCCGUCCUGGAGGUGCAGCGCUCCUGUUUGUCCCUCUGCUCCCCCGGCGUCAGUCUGGACCACAUCUACAGCACCAUGCUGGCUCUGCUGGGACGCCAGCUGAGGCGCCUCGGGGUCCUGAGGGCCGGCACCAGUGACGCCGACGCGCUACAGGCUGCGAGGAGGUUCUGCCCUCACCAUGUUGGCCAUUAUCUGGGCAUGGACGUCCACGACACCCCCGACUUGUCCCGCUCACAGCCUCUCCAGCCCGGAAUGGUCAUCACUAUAGAACCAGGGCUGUACAUCUGUGAAGACAACGACCAGGCGCCGGAGCAUUUCCGCGGCCUCGGAGUCAGGAUCGAGGACGACGUGGUGAUCCGGGAGAAGGGAGGACCUCUGAUUUUGUCCAGUGGCGCUCCAAAGACUGUGGCUGAUGUAGAGAAGGCCUGUGGAAUGGGAUAGGCCAGGGACCGGGGAGAGAAGCAGAAACCGAUCCAAAUGUUACAGAUCGUGGGCGGUUCAUGCAGCGUUCAGGCGCCUCAAGAAGCUCAGGACCUCGGAAUGUGACAGCUAAACCCUGGCUGGCAUUAACUUUGGUGUAAUCAGGGCUGCAGAUGUUUAGAAAUGUGGUGUUGGAGGCGAGAAACUUACCUUAAAAACGCAAUCAAGCACAUUUGUGCCUUCAGUGACAGUUAAGGAGGCUUGAAGAGGUGAAAGUGGAAGAUUGUGUAGCGUUAAAGUCUACAUUGUUAACAUUUCAGUACUGUGGCGACGCAGUAAGAACAAUCCUGAUCAUGCUCUGAGCUUGCAUAAAGUUUCCACAUAAAUAAUAGUAGUUCAAUUAGAAACGCAAUUUGUUUUCAUUCAUUUUCUUCUUAUCUUUUGUGUAUCGAGGCCAACCAAGGACAGGUGUUUAUGUCCACAAAAUUAUCAGUCAUUCUCAUGCCGAAUGACAGAGACUAAAACCACCAAAUGGAAAUACAAGCAGAUGGAUUUUUGUUUUUUAAACUAUCAUAUUUAAUCAGUGAUGAAGAGUGAUGUGGAUUUAUAAACUUCACUUUUCUUGAAAGAGUUGUAGUGAAAUUUGGACCGAGUUGUUAUGAAUGUAUGUCUGUCUUUUGCUUUAAAAAAAAAAAAGUGUUCUCUUUUAGAAUAAAGAACUUUGUUUUUGAGUUUCAUAAAAUAUAAA